GAGAGAGAGAGAGACAGAGAGAGAGAGAGAGAGAGAGAGAGAGAGAGAGAGAGAGAGAGAGAGAGAGAGAGAGAGAGAGAGAGAGAGAGAGAGAGAGAGAGAGAGAGAGCAAGGAAGCACACCAUUAACAAAUGGCCAGUUAUUAUUAAAGGCAUCGAAUCCGUCAUAUAGAGGCAUUACCAGAUAUAUGGUGUAUCUGAUGACUCUUUGAGCGUUCCAAGAAUUAGACAAGGCUACUUAACAUCUGAACUCCUUAGUGAGCUUGUGAAGAUACGAGAUGUUUUGAACUGCGGGGAAGAAAAGAGGAAGAUAUUGUGGUAUAAAAAACCGUACCAGAGACGUGUGGUUCAAAAGUGGACAAGUAACGCUGGGCUUUGAAGUGGAGCGUGGGAACUGAUCACUUUUAACAGAGGCAAUACAAAUAUCGAUGAACUGUAAUUGUGCUGCUGUAUUAUUGUUAAUGAUAUUGCAUUUUAUGUAUUUAUUUAUUUUGUAAACUCACGACUCAGCCACGUUUUCUGCCAAGAUGGAAAAGAUGCUACCGGCCCGUGAAGCUGCUAAGAUCUACCACACAAACUAUGUGAGAAACGCCCGGGCGAUAGGCGCCCUUUGGGCGAUUUUCACCGUAUGCUUUGCCAUCAUCUUGGUAGUUUGCUUCAUACAGCCCUACUGGAUAGGAGACAGCGUGAACACGCCUCAGGCGGGAUACUUUGGUCUGUUUCACUACUGUAUCGGCAAUGCCCUGACCUCGGAGCUGACGUGCAAAGGAAGCCCGCUGGACUUUGCCACGAUUCCCUCUAGCGCGUUCAGGACCGCUAUGUUCUUCGUGGGGAUCGCCAUGCUCCUGAUCGUGGGCUGUAUUGUGUGCUUCGGGCUCUUCUUCUUCUGUAACUCCGCCACAGUUUACAAAAUCUGCGCCUGGAUGCAGCUGGCCUCGGGUGAGUAUGGAUGUCUUUAUCUAGUUGCCCUGCAAAUAUCCGUGAUCUCGUUUUACAAGUCACAUGUAAACAAAGCUGGCAAUGUAAACGAAUCAUUUGAGUAG